GGGGACAUUCUUGCGUGCGUGUGGGGAUACUUUGGGGUUCCCUUGAGUUUAGGGGGCACCUUGGGAUUUUGGUUUCCGUUCUGUUGUAGUGUGGAAGGUUCGGUUGUGUUGUAGGGGAUCUCCUGUGUGGAUUGGGGUAUUUGGUGGGUAUAAUAUUUGGGGAGCCACGGAGAGACUGAGAAGCAAAGAAAAGAGUCCAAGAGUACCAAUUCUGGACCCAGAAUGCGUGGGCUUUCGGCUCUCCCGACUUCCUACCUGAUUGUCUCCGGACACGGGAUUUAACCUUUCUGUGUCUCAUCUGGAAGCUGGAGUUGUUAAAACAGUACCCAGUAAGCUGCCAGCGAGCAUGCCAUAAGCUCGUGUGUGCUUAUUAACAUUUUGUAAGGUUUCUUUGGGAGUAUUUUGGAGGUUCUUUUGGCUUUUGAGAAAUAUCUAGUUUGGGAUUAGUUUUAUGUGUUAACGGAGCUUUUAUGCUUUAGUGAGUUGUCUUGCGGUUGGGGGGCUUCUGUGGAAUUAGGGAAUACAUGUGGAGGUUUAGAAAGAGUUUGAGGUGAGUAUAGGAUUUCAGGAAACUGGUCUUUGGGGUCAUCUGUGAGGUUGGGAAAUUGCUGUGUGUGUUUGAGUUCUUGGUUAGGCAUGGGAUCUGUGAGGGGUUCGUUGAGAUUGAGGCUUUCUGUGCUGGAGGGGAUAUUUUUAGGUUGGGAAGUUUAAAGCAGGAUUUGAGAGGGUCUGGAUAUUUUACAUCAGGAUACAUUUGCAUCUAUAGAGAAUGAAUGGCCUUUGAUGUGGUAGCUUCUAUUCCUGGACAUUUUAGAUGUGUUGGUGGUUGGUAAACUUAGCCUUCUGUAGGUUUUAGGGGCUGUGUGGUAUUUUUGUUGUUGUUGUUGUUUUAAGCAAGAAACUGGCAUUUCAGCAGGGGCUGUAAGUAUUGGGGUAGGUGGGAUUGGGGAUUAUGGGGGGCAAGGAUUUUUAGGAUUAGGACUUUCUGUUUCUGGGGUCUGUGGAUGUUUGGAGGCUGUCUAGAUCUUGAACGGUGUCUACAGGGCUAUGAAGUAAAUGGUGAUUUAGUGGUGUCUGUGGUAUUGCCUGAAUUUAGAGGGACCAUAUAUACUGCAGAGGUCAGCAAACUUUUUCCAUAAAGGGCCAGAUAAUGAGUAUUUUAGGCUUUGCAGGCCAUAUGUUCUCUGUUGCCACUACUCAACUCUGCCAUGAUAGCAUGAAAGCAGUCAUAAACAAAUGAACAUGUUUCAAUAAAACUUCAUUUGCAGAGGCAGGCAGUGGGCCAGAUUUGGCCUGUGGCUCUUAAAAUAGUCUGAACAGGAGUCAGCAAACUACUUUUACCAGUCAGUAAGCAUGUGGGAGUUUCGACAUUUGAAGCGUAUUUUGUUGUUUUUGUUUGUUUGUUUGUUUUGUUUUUUUAAUUUAUUUUUCUUUUUGGCUGCGCUGGGUCUUCGUUGCUGCACACGGGCUUUCUCUAGUUGCGGCGAGCGGGGGCUACUCUUCGUAGCAGUGCGUGGGCUUCUCAUUGUGGUGGCUUCUCUUGUUGUGGAGCACAGGCUCUAGGCACACGGGCUCAGCAGUUGUGGCACGCGGGCUGAGUAGUUGUGGCGCACGGGCUUAGUUGCUCCACGGCAUGUGGGAUCUUCCCAGACCAGGGAUCGAACCCGUGUCCCCUGCAUUGGCAGGCGGAUUCUUAACCACUGGGCCACCAGGGAAGCCCUGAAGGGUAUUUUGGUUUCAAGAUGUCUGGAGGGAAAUGGGCCAGGGAAGGAUUGAGACUGAGGGAUUGAGGCUGUUGGUCCUGCAGUGGAACGUGGUCGUGUCAGAGUCAUUAGCAAAAUUGCUUCCAGAUUAGAUCACGCACACAAAGUCAUUGCAAGAUAAAACGGUCACUGUUACAAGCCCUAAAUUGAAAAGUCUGGAAAACAAGUUUGAGGGCCUGGUGUUACACUAUGUGGCCUGUGGAGCCCCCCACCGCCAUUCAGGUCCUGAGAUGUGGUGAACCCCUGCCUGUCUGCCACCAUUCCCCAGAAUGGACCGAGGGGGCCUCCUUCCCUUCCAGCUGUGGUGCCCCCGGCCCUUUGGCACCUACUCCCAGAACCAGCCGCGCCCACCUUCCGCAGCCCUCAAGCCGUCGGCCUGCCCUGAGCCAGGCGGGGGGCCGGAGCCAGACCGUGGCCCUGCCCACUCAGAAAACACACCCCCAGCCUUGGCCACGGAGGCUCCCGCCUCCCAGCCUGCCCCGCUCCUUUCAGCAGCCGCUGCCGGCGAUGAGGGUCGAGUCCUGCUGGACACGUGGUAUGUUAUCAAGCCCGGGAAUACAAAGGAGAAGGUGGCCUUCUUUGUGGCCCACCAGUGCGGUGGAGGCAGCCGGGCCAGCUCCAUGAAGGUCAAGGGGCACUGGGGCAGUGACAGCUCCAAGGCCAAGCGGAGGAGGCGCUGUCUUGAGCCUACGAAGGCUCCUCCGGACCCAGGGGGACAAGACGGCUCCCCUGCUGCUGAGGGGGCCCCAGCCUCAGCCAGUGAGGAUGUGGACCUGCUCUCUGUGGCCGAGAUGGUGGCCCUGGUGGAGCAGCGGGCCGCCCUGGCCCUGCAGAGCUACCCGCGCCCGAGCACCCCGGCGCCUGUGGUCUACGUGUCGGCCGAGCAGGGUGGGCCUGCCAAGGGGCUGGGGUCCGAACGGCGGUCUGGUGGCGGGGACUGCAGCCGUGUGGCGGAGGCCGUGGCCCACUUCGAGGCGCAGCGGGACAACCCUCCGGCCAAAGGCCUCCGCAAGGAGGAGCGGCCCGGGCCAGGCCCCGGGGAGGUGCGCAUCGCCUUCCGGAUCUCCAACGGCCGGGAGCCCCGUGCGCCGGAUGGCAGCUUGCCCAACGGGAGUGGGGGCCGGCCGGGUUGUGCCUACCCUGGCAGCCCGGGUCCUGGGGCCCGGGCCAAGGACAAGAUCACCUGCGACUUGUACCAGCUCAUCAGCCCCUCUCGGGACGCCCUCCCCAGCAAUGUGGAGUUUCUGCUGGCGAGGGCGGAUGAGGCCAGCGAGGGUGAGACCCCAGCCCCCGCCAGGCCCGAGGACACCCCCCCGGCCCCCCCUCCACCCCCUGCCCGGGACUGUGGCGCGUCCGGCUUCCAUGUGGACGUGGUGGUGACGGGGGUGGUGGAUGAGUGCAUCUUCUUCGGCAAGGAUGGCACCAAAAACGUGAAGGAGGAGACGGUGUGCCUGACGGUCAGCCCCGAGGAGCCGCCCCCGCCUGGCCAGCUCUUCUUCCUCCAGCCCCGGGGACCGGAUGGGCCCCCCGAGCCACCGCCAGCCGACUCGCCCGCCACCGCACCCGGCCCGGACGAUGCUGAGGGGACGGUGGACACCUCCCUGUGCCGCCUGUACCGGCACGUGUCGCACGACUUCCUGGAAAUCCGCUUCAAGAUCCAGCGGUUGCUGGAGCCGCGACAGUACAUGCUGCUGCUACCUGAGCACGUGCUGGUCAAGAUCUUCAGCUUCCUGCCCACGCGGGCCCUGGCGGCCCUCAAGUGCACCUGCCACCACUUCAAGGGCAUCAUUGAGGCGUUCGGCGUGCGGGCCACAGACUCGCGCUGGAGCCGCGACCCGCUCUACCGCGAUGACCCUUGCAAGCAGUGCCGCAAGAGAUACGAGAAGGGCGAUGUGUCGCUCUGCCGCUGGCACCCCAAGCCCUACCACCACGACCUGCCUUAUGGACGUUCCUACUGGAUGUGCUGCCGCCGAGCCGAUCGCGAGACGCCCGGCUGCCGCCUGGGUCUGCACGAUAACAACUGGGUGUUGCCCUGCAAUGGGCCAGGCGGUGGGGGCGGCCGGGCUGGCCGGGAGGAGGGGAGGUGAAGCCGGGGGAGGGGGGGGGAAGAGCCCACCAUGCCCACCCCCGCCCCCUCCCCCUGGGAGCCGGGGUCAGGACUGGGUCACCAGCCCACCCCCUCAGCCCAGGCAGCGUUGAUCCCCCUCCAGAGCUGCGAUGGUGUUCAGGGGGGAUGACCCAAGAAAGCGCUCUGACUGACCCCUGCUGGUUUUCUACUCUUCAGACCCUCACGUAGGGUGUUUUUUUAUCAGCAUCUCAAUUUCUUCUCCAUUCAGCCCCAGCGCCCUCCCUGCCACUCUUCAUACCCCAGGGACCUACAAGCAGGGAGCAGACGGCAGCUAAUUUUGGUACUACUUAAGGGUUCCCCCAUUCUGGCCCCCUUCCGUGCCCUCCCCUCAGUUCUUUCUCUCUGGAGCUGUUUUUCUUUUCCCAAGAGGCUGCAGCACCCAGGGUUGGUACCCUUCCUAACCUACUACACCAGGGCUCACCUCCUCUUUAGGAAUUGGGGCCAUCAGAUCAAAGAUCACAUUUGGCAGUUUUCAUGGCCGCCUGCCAUUUCUAGACGUUUUCCCCAUUAAAACAAUAAAAAUCAGUUUUCUCCUUAACCUCAAGCUACCAGUCUCUCUACUUCCCCUAAAGGGGAAGAGGAGAAGAAAGUUGAAGCGCAGAAAUUCUCCUCCUCCCAGUAUUUAAGCUAUUGCCAUGACUCUCCCCCCUCCCCCCUGCAAAAAAGCUGUGAAGCCCUUUGCCUCGCUCUGGACAGCGUGGGGGGCCGGUGGGCAGGGACUGUGGGUUUGAAUUUCUGGGUUGUUUUUCCUUCCACUCUGGGUACUUGUUCAGGUGUUGGGGUCUCUCCACCCCCCAUCCACAUGUGUUUCUUUAGAAGCCUUUGGUCAACCAAAACCUGACCUUCAGGCAGUUUGAUCUGGGGUAUUUUUGUUUGUUCUGUUGGAGAUGUGUUUUUGUUGUUUUUUGUUUUGUUUUUGUUUUGGUUUUGGUUUUUCAUCCUUGUGGUUCUGGAAAGCUUCUAAUGUGUGGCAUCUGACCAAUUUUGAAUUGGUCCUUUCUAUAAAAUCAGUAUUUAUAAGGCUGG